CCGGAAGCUGAUUGGGGCCGCGCGCAGCGCGCGCCCGCCCGCUCUCCCGGCCCAGCAUGCACCGCGAGCGCGAUCACGCGCGCCGCCUGCGCCAAGCGGUGCGGGCGCCCAGGCUGGGACGGGGUGAAAUGGCUGCCUCCUCCUCAUCCUCUUCAGCCGGCGGAGUCAGUGGCAGCUCUGUGACAGGAUCUGGUUUCAGCGUCUCGGACCUGGCACCGCCCCGAAAGGCACUCUUCACCUACCCCAAGGGAGCCGGGGAGAUGCUGGAAGAUGGCUCAGAAAGAUUUCUCUGUGAGUCUGUCUUCAGCUAUCAGGUUGCAUCUACAUUAAAGCAAGUGAAACACGGAGGUGAGGCCAGGAGAGGAGGCUCCGGGCAGGAAACGCCCACGACCUCAUGGUGGCCCGGUACUGCCUGCCUCUUUGGCCUCAGAUCAACAAGUUGCGCGGAUGGAAAAACUGGCCGGUCUGGUGGAGGAGCUGGAGGCAGAUGAGUGGAGGUACAAGCCAAUAGAGCAGCUGCUGGGAUUCACUCCCUCCUCGGGCUGAGCACGUCUGGAUCACUGCUGCCGGAGAGCAGAAGAAAGGCACUCUCUGGCCCGACUUCAAAACACGCCACCAUCUAUCAGGGUAUUUACAGCUGUGUCAGCAGGAUUGGGCCCUUUUUUUUUUUUUUUUUUUUAAGUUGUCAGUGGGGAUCCCCCUUCGAGCUGCCAGUAAAUUCAAAUUAUGGGAUACUGUAAGUCUUCUGCGGUGUUACAGGCUGGCAGGGCUCAGUUGCUGUAACUUAGAAAACAGGAUUCGUUUUGAAGAAGCCAGCAGUACCUUACAGUGUGCAAAGAAGGGGAGAUGUGUAAAGCUGGGUGGCGGGGAAGGCAGCCCAGUAAGUCGGUCUGCUGUUUCCCUCCUAUGCACUGGGCCGGGUUAUCUCCUGCCUGGGAAGCGUGCAUCUCUGCCACUGCAGCCAGGCCUCUGCAGAGCAAUUCCAAGCCCUGCCAGGAAGGCUCUGCAGUCCCAGCCCUUCUUUGGGGGAAUUGACAGGGUGAGACCCGUCCUGGGUCAGCUGCAAGCACGACUCUUUCUCCAGCAGUGCCUCCUGUAUUGCUGAAACUGUUUCCUUUCCCGUCGCGCUGUUUCUCUUUUGUCUGCAUAGUGCUACCAGCACAUCGCUCUUUAAUGCAGAAGCUGUACCCUGAAUACCCUGAAACCCUUUUCCUCCUUAUUAUGUGUUAAAUUGCUCUGUGAUAAUAAAAUAAUUCUGUCUUUGAAACUA